CUGUACUGUGUCCGCAGUCUCUGGUCAUCUCCUGUACUGUGUCCGCAGUCUCUGGGUCAUCCCCUGUACUAUGUCCGCAGUCUCUGGUCAUCUCCUGUACUGUGUCCGCAGUCUCUGGUCAUCCCCUGUACUAUGUCCGCAGUCUCUGGUCAUCCCCUGUACUAUGUCCGCAGUCUCUGGUCAUCCCCCUGUACUAUGUCCGCAGUCUCUGGUCAUCCCCUGUACUGUGUCCGCAGUCUCUGGUCAUCCCCUGUACUGUGUCCGCAGUCUCUGUCAUCUCCUGUACUGUGUCCGCAGUCUCUAGUCAUCUCCUGUACUGUGUCCGCAGUCUCUGGUCAUCUCCUGUACUAUGUCCGCAGUCUCUGGUCAUCCCCUGUUCUGUGUCCGCAGUCUCUAGUCAUCUCCUGUACUGUGUCCGCAGUCUCUAGUCAUCUCCUGUACUGUGUCCGCAGUCUCUGGUCAUCUCCUGUACUAUGUCCGCAGUCUCUGGUCAUCCCCUGUACUAUGUCCGCAGUCUCUUGGUCAUCCCCUGUACUUUGUCCGCAG